AGUUGGCUACUCUGAAUCGACGCUCUCUAACGGAUUCAACGUUCAAAUUGCCGUGCCUGCACGAGAUUUUAACUUGAUUAUUUUUAUUCGAUAAUUUUGUGGAGAAAGGAGCAAUUAGAUACUUGUACUGUUAUUUCAAUGUGAAACAAAUAAGUGGAACUUGAAUCAGUGACCUGACAGCAGAGAUGCCUAGCUAUAAGGAUGAUCUAGUUUAUAAGAUAAGAAACAAGAUAGAAAUGGAGAGAAAGCAUAACAAAAAUGGAAGUUUAGAAACGUAUUCCGAUGAUAAAACUGAAAGUUCUGUUAGCGAAUCGCAAGAUUUUUGUUUACAAAUGUCACAGUCUUCCAUUGUGCCCGAUACUCAAGAUGUAGUUGUAAAUGUUUAUAAUACAGAAGUUAUAGUGAUAAGUGACUCUAGUUCUAAUGGUUCUAGUCCUAAACAUUCUACUGACUCUCAAGCUAAAUAUACAAAACGUUAUACUCCAAAACAUAAGGUGUGUAUUGAGAGUUCUUCAAAUUCUGAAUGUUCAGACAAUCAGGAAGAACAUAUGUUUGAAUUAUGGAGGAGCAAUAAGAAAUUUGAUUUUUUUGAUAAUAAUAAAAAAAGAAGUACCUGUGCUAAGAAAAAUAGUAUUUUGUUUACAUCAGAUGAUAGUGCAUCUAAUAAUAGCGAUUUAAAUGAUAAAUUCAUUAGAAGUUCUGCUAAAACUAAGAGUACAUAUAUUAGCUUUACUCCAGAGAGCAAUAAAAAAGUUGCAUCACAGCAUAAUGCUCAGGUACACAUUAAUACCGCACAGGAAAAAAAUUUAUUAUCACAUCAUGUUGGCGACAGUACUGGCAAAAGCAUCGAUAAGCCUCAGAAAGCUUUGUCUAGCAUUGAACGGAUUGAGUCAAAGAAAAAGCUUACAAGUAAAGACAUGAAAAGUAUUAUGAAAACUAUCAAGGCAACGAAAGUAGUGUACGAGUCGCCCAGAAGAAACAAUAAUGUAAUAAUCGAUGAGAGCAUAGAUAAUGAUCUACAUCCAGCUUUUCAGAAUAAUUUUAGAGAAAAUACUAAAAUUAUUGAUGAAACUCCAACAACUUCUAACAGUGACAUUCCUCAAGACUCCAAAACGAAUUCAGAUAAUUUAUAUAAAAAUCUUCCCAAUGAGAUUUCGAAUACUCCAAACGUGGACAGAAAUAUAGAUACACCGUCUGAAUUAUCAGAAAGAAAAAAGAAGCAAAUCUCAGAGUGGCUUAUGACCAAUUCCCCUGAUUCCAUAAGUGAUAGCUCCAUGAGCAUAGUACCUGCUAGCAAUAAAAAUGAUGUCAGCUCUGGGAACAGCAGUUUGGAAAGAUUAGAAAUGAACUAUGAAACACCAAAUAAUAGGGAAAGAAUACACAAAGCACGAACGAGUGAGAAAAGGGUAACAAAUGCAGAAGACAAUAAAAUAGUACAGAAUUCUAUACCAAUAAAAAUAGUACAGAAUUCUAAACCAAAACAAAGUACCAUUCUAGACUACACGAAACGGUCGAAAAAUAAUGUUCUUGAACUUUGUACACCAACAAUUAAACACACAACAAAUGAAAUUUCCACUCCUGCAAUAAAUAAACUACAAAACAUCAAUGUCAUGGAUUGUGCAGAAAUAUUAGACAAAUUGUAUGGUACAUCUUGGAGACAAAAGGCAGAUGAGUUGCUACCGAAAUCAGAACCAAGAAAACAAGCAGUUGUAACAAAAAAUAGAGCAGUUCAAACUGAAAGGAAACAAAGGACCAGAAGAAUUAUAUGCUCAUCUGAGUCAGAAGAUGAAGAUAGUAGUGCAUCUCCAGAAGAAUUAAGACCACAUAAACCUUCAACAAAAAGAAACGGUCGCAUAGGUAUUAAACAGAAGGACAGUUUUAUUAAUGAUGAUAUAUCGUCAGAAAGUGGAUGUGAAAGUUCAUAUUAUACUGCAUUGACGAACCCCAGAACAUCGACGAACAUCUCACAACCUAAACUAACCACUCAACCUCGUGUAAAAAGAGCAUUAAGAAUCUGUGAUACAGACGAUGAUGAUAAAGAUGAAAAUGAAGGGAAUAAUCGUAAUGAUAUACAGGACCUGAAACAAAAGAAACUGUAUUUUAGCGAGGAUGAAAGUGAAAGUGACAGUUCAAGUACCAGUGAAUUUGAUCCUGGUGAUGAUGUACCACCAAAACCUGCAAUCAGAAAAGAUCUAAUCAAACUUCCGCGACAAACGGUUAAGAAAACUACUAUAAUUAAAUCAGCUUCUGAUAACCGGAAAUGUGAAAGGAAACAUAGUUUUCUGGCAUCUUUGUCUGAAAAUGUCCUUCUUGCCAAUGUACAUCCAGAUGCCAAAAAAUACCGAACAGACUUUAAAACUAAUAAGGAGAGUCUGUGCAAUUAUUUAUAUAAAUUAUACAAUGAGAAGGUCUUUGAUGAGCAAUUACCAAAGGACAUGAGCAUAGAAUGGAAUGUUCGUAUGAGAGGAACGGCUGGUUUUUGCUAUAAUAAGAAAUCAAUAAAAACACUUGGAAAUGUUGAAAGAUCAUCAAGAAUAGUUCUAUCGACGAAGGUUAUAGAUACACCGGAUAGACUUCGGGACACUUUGAUUCAUGAAAUGUGUCAUGCAGCUGCCUGGUUGAUAAACAAUGUCUCUGAUGGGCAUGGUCCAUAUUGGACGGGAUGGGCUAAGAAAGCCAUGAAGACAUUUCCUGACCUACCACCGAUUCGCAGAUGCCAUGAUUAUAAAGUUGCAACCAAGUUCACAUAUAAAUGUGUUGGCUGCGGGUACAGCAUUGGCAGACAUUCCAAGUCUUUGGACGUCGAAAGGAAACGAUGUGGUCACUGCUUCGGAAAGUUCGAAUUACUGAUUAAUAAAACUACAAAAUCUGGAACAGUACAAGUACAAACGCCUAAGAGAGAGCUCAAUGGGUUUGCGCUUUUCGUAAAAGAAAAUUAUAAUUCUGUAAAAAAAGAUCGCAACGUGAAGCACGCAGAAAUAAUGAAGAUUUUAGGUCAGCAGUUUUCGGCAAUUAAAAUUGCAAAGAAUCAGGGGAAUUUUGAGAUCGAAUCCGACCUUGCUGGUCUGAGUUAAGUCUUUCAAGGAGAGGUCAAACUUGUGGGGUCAUAAUUUUUAAAUAUUUCUGUUUAUGUGACCCCUCCUUCUUAGUUUUAAAAGUUUGCCUGAGCAUUGUUUCAAAUGCUUUUUUAUAUUUUACAUUGUACAUUUUAACGUGGAUGGAUACUGCUAGAGCAACCUAUAUUUUAAAUAAUUAUUCGAUGAUUGACAAAAUUGAUUUUAUCAUUGCAGGCAUUGGAAUGAGAGUUUUAAGAUGAUAUUUUUAUUACUAUAUAGAAAAAGAACUUAUUAUAUUAGUUAUAAAGACUAUUUUUACAGCUAAUAUAAAUAGUUGUAUUGACGCUAUAGUAAUUUGUAAAGAUUGUAUGAAAAUAUUAUAAUAAAUGACAUAUACAUGACAAAUAA